AUGCACCUCACCUUCUUGCAAUAUGAGAAGAUGCCCGAUCCUACAGUCUACAAAAGGACGUCCGCAGCGCCGAAGCAAGUCAAAUUUCCAGCCCGACGACACAACACCCGCUCUGGGGCAUCUCGAGCCGUCCCCCAGAAGCUCAAGAGACAAUCCACCUUGACGCAAUUGGACUUUGUCAGUACUCCGCACAGUGCAGAUCAAGUCAUUUCCGUCUCGAGCGACGAAGAUGAGGAAUACGCAGCGCCGAAGCCAAAGAAGCGGAGGAAAAUGGGGAAAAAGUCUCGCGAUCAAUCCACUCUGACGCAGAAUUGGCGGCGAGUAGUUAGAGACUCGGAAGAGGAAAGUGGUGGCGAAUUGGGAGAGUGGGAGGAAGAAGCCAGCACCAUGGAAAGUCCGCAUGCGAGCAAAGCGCAAGACACACAAGGAGCUGCCUCGUACUUCUAUGGCCGAGUGCUAGAAGUGUCCUCGGAGAUGCAAGAGCCGGUGGAGGAUGGGGAUUCCGUGGCCAGUCCRGCUUUCAUGCAGCACAGAAUGCUCGUCGCGUCGUCCAAUCCUGGCGACGGGAGCACGAGACCAUCGACUGCAGAGUCCAGAGCCAAUCCAAGAACGCCAAAGACGGCUCGCAGGACCGAAGUACCCUCGUCGCAAACUCCAUCCAGCGCUAUUCUGUCUGUUCGGCAUUCUCGAACGAAUCGAGAGUUUGGUGUCUCACCUCUGAAGGAACGUAGCUGUACUCCAACGCCUCUUAAGAAGUCGCCACGCAGUCAGACCAGUUCUCCCAGCAAACGAAUACUCAAACACAUGGAAUCGGACAUACAUAAGAUGUAUGACCCUGCGUUUGAUCAUGAGCCGGCCGAGCCUUGGAAAGCUGAGACCAUCUCCUCGCCGCGACAGAAGCAUCCUCCUACUCCAGUUGAACGGCGACUAAUGCGAACCACGACCGUGCAGGACUCGCAGGAAGACCUGGCGGUAGAUGCGCCAACAGAUCCCAAAGUUGAAAGGAGAAGUCUAAAGCGGACAUCUACUGUUCUUGAUUCAGAGGACGAACCAGAUCUGGACGAGAUGGACGUUGAUAACGACAACGAUAACGAUGAUGGUGAAGAUGGGGAUGAAGAUAACACUGUGCUGCCCGUGGAGCCCGAAAUAGCUACCAAGCUCGAUCCCCAUAAACCGAAGCAUCCCGGGAUGGACAUGGACCGAGUAGAAACACAAAUCCCUCAAGCCAGCCAGACACAUGUAGAGGACCACCAGACUGAUGAAGAGAUGUACUUCGAUGCAGAGGAAGGAGAGCACAGUCACGUAUCCAACUAUCCUGCGUCGCCACAUCAGCAGACCUUUGACCCUGUCAACGCAGCGUUGGACCGAGAUGCAGCUAGAUUCGGGCAUGGACCGACGCAGCUGGCAACUCAGCAUCACUCUUAUGCUGGAUUCGGGGACCUCGAAGAUCAAAUAGACUUUCAAAGCUAUGAGCAUAGAGAAGAGGGCGACGACGCAGAGAUGCAUCCCGACAAUCUAGCGGACGAAUAUGAAGAGCGCGUGGAAGACAGCCAGCCUGAGUUUGUGGCUGACAGCCCUGUGGCUGGAGUCGACCCCGAGACGCAGUUUGUUGCUGACAGCCCACCGGCUGAGUUGCAAUACGAUCCAUCGCCAGAGCUCGGUAUUYGGACACAAGCACCUGUGAAUGCUAGAAAUGGAGGGUCCGCGCGCGCUCCCGUUGAAGGAGACUACAUGCAAUCUAUGGUGGCAGUUUCCGGUGCAGAGGACAUUGAGCUACCAAUGCCAACCUCGCCGAGGCUACCCAGACCUUCGCAGGUCAGCACAGUUGUAUCGACCCAGCGGACAGCGAGUCGGCCGAGUUCCCGACAUGGCAAUACGCCAACGUCACCCCAGAAGUCUGCGGCGUGGGAAAACACGUUCUCCAGCUCUCCUUUUCCCAUGCCUCCGGAGAGCUGGCGUGGAGCGCAGUCGUACAAAGAUUUGGAAACACAGUCGAGUGGCAUUCUGGAUUUCAGUUUACCACCACCGCCACCAUUGCUAUCGUCUUCAAAGCAGACGCCUGCAAGCUCGUCGCGGUGA